ACUUUCAGUUAGGUUAUUUCCACAGCCAGGCACAGGCAGACGGAUCUUUCCAUUCUCUGUUUUAUUUGAGUACGAACAAUUCAGAAUUAGACCAAAUAUGAAGUCUAUUCUGUCAAUCGUUGUACUUGGGCUCAUUUACAGCGCUGUGGAGUCCAAAGAAUCUCCCCCAAAAGUGCAGGUCUACAGCCGUAACCCUGGCAACUUUGGCGAUAAGAACACCCUGAUCUGUCACGUGAGUGGCUUCCACCCCCCUGACAUCAGCAUCCAGCUCCUGAAGAACGGUGUGGAGAUCCCCGACGCCAAGCAGACAGACCUGGCCUUCGAACAGGGAUGGCAGUUCCACCUCACCAAGAGUGUUGGAUUCACACCAGCCAGCGGAGAGGAGUACACCUGCAGAGUCCGCCACCUGAAGAAUCUGAAGACCUACACCUGGGAGGCAGAUAUGUAAGGAUCUGGAGCAGGACAUGAUGGUAGGCGGCCAUUCCAUCUUGGUGUUGUCCAAUCCGUGCCAGCCCUAAACUAGAGCUGAGAUGACAAACUUGGGCUUUUGUUUUUCAUUUUUGGUAACACUUUGUGCGACGGUGCCAGUU